AUGUUUUCCAUUGCAACUGCACCGGCCAAGCAGUCGGUCAGCGAAACCAUAUCUGUGCUGAGCGGCCGUCUCAGCUCCGCCACCCUUCUCGAGGAUCGUCGCGCCGCCAUACUCGGCCUCCGCAGUUUCGCCAAAGAAUACCCUGCCUCUGUAGCUUCUGGCGCUCUGCGAAGCUUGAUCGGGAGCCUCAGCAAGGACGGCGAGGAUGUUGACACCGUCAAGGUCGUUCUCGAGACCUUGCUCAUGUUGUUCAAUCCAAACGAGGAUAGCCCCGAAGCCUCUGAAGAGAUUGCUUUGUGGCUCGCCGAUGAGUUUACGCAGCGCCAGGAGAACAUUACUCUACUGCUCGACUUCCUUGAAAGUAAUGACUUUUACUCUCGACUCUAUUCCCUUCAGCUGCUCUCGGCCAUCCUCGCUGCCCGUACCGAACGGACCGAAGAGUGUGUCUUCACAGCUCCCCUCGGCAUCUCGAGGCUUGUUGCCAUUCUUGACGAUCGCCGAGAAGCGAUUCGUAACGAGGCUAUAUCGCUCCUGAUCUACCUGACACCGACCUCCACCGACAUACAGAAGCUUGUUGCCUUUGAGAACGCCUUCGACCGAAUAUUUAAGAUUAUCACGUUUGAAGGCUCCCUCGCUGAGGGAGGGCGAGUAGUCGAAGACUGCCUUAUAUUCCUGGCGAAUCUCCUCAGAUUGAAUCCCUCGAACCAAUCCCUCUUCCGGGAGACGGGUUGCAUUCCGCAGCUGGCAACCCUGCUCGAAGGCGCAUAUAGUUCAAAGGGGGACGACCAAGAAGAAGUGGCGCCUUGGGCUCAGGCUCAACGUAACAGGAAUAUUUAUGCACUUCUGGCUGUGCUCAGGCUAUUCCUUGUCGUUGGUACCGUGGGCACCGCUCAGAAUCAGAAUGCGUUUUACCGUCAUCGUUUGCUUGAUCACGCACUACAGCUUGCCUUCAACUACGCGGUUGAGAUUCCCAUUAAGGCUGAGGCUCUCUCUACCUGUGCUGAUAUUAUCCGAGGCAAUUCCGGCCUCCAGGAGAACUUUGCGCAAUUACAAGUCCCGUCACCGCUGGAUUGGGCGGUACAUGGGCAAGCAGAGGUUGUGAAUGGUGUCCGGAAAGUUUAUGUCAUUGACGCUUUGCUAGACAUGACCCUUGUAGUGUAUGCCAUUCAAGCAUUUGAUAUUCGCAUUGCAGCAUGCCAGUGUCUCAAGGCAUAUUUUUUUAACCACGCCGAAGUACGCAUGCAUUUCCUUCGCCGGGCUAUCGAAGGUCACACCUCAGGAGCGGAUGAGACCGGCAACGUGUUAACCACACUGCUGCGCCCACCCACAGAUGCCUCGUCUAGCGAUCCCUAUAGAUCGUGGUUUGCGGCCGUGAUCUUGCUCCACCUUAUCUUUGAAGAUCCCGAUGCCAAAGCACUAGCAAUGGGAGUAACUGAGGGUGACGAGGCGAAUGGCGAAGAAGUGGUCACAAGCAUUCAAACUAUCACAGCUCAUCUGCUCAGCAGUCUCGCGAGGGGCGAGGAUGAUCGAAUCAUUGUUGGGUACUUAAUGUUACUUCUGUGCUGGCUGUUCGAGGACCUAGAUGGCGUAAAUGAUUUCUUGAAUGAGGGUAGCAACGUCCAGGGACUGAUACAAGCAGUUGUCACGCCCUCUGCGGGACCCUUGGUACAAGGCCUCUGUGCCAUGUUGCUGGGUGUAGCUUAUGAAUUCUCAACCAAGGAUUCUCCAAUUCCACGGGCAACGAUUCAGCCAAUUCUUCUGUCGCGUAUGGGUCGCGAUACUUACAUCGAUAAGCUUGGCAAGCUGAGAUCUCAUCAUCUCAUCCGAGAUUUUGAGGUUCUGCAGCAAAAGAUGGAGACUGCUCCAGGACAAAAAUUCCCUGACGUAUACUUCGACGCUACAUUUGUUGAUUUUUUCAAAGACAACUAUAGUCGUAUUCUUCGAGCAAUUGACAGAGACCCUGGUAUGGAGAUUUCUGUGAUGACCAAUGGCGUUCAGAAGGGUAUUUCGAGAGAGCUUGUUGAUGCAUUGAGAAGUCAGUUGGAAGAUAAAGACAGGGCUCUACAAGAGGUCCAGGUCAAGGUUGCCUCACUCGAGCAGCAAUUGGGUCAGGAACGGGCGGAUCAUCGUCGCACGAAGGAAGUCGCAGCCGUAGAUCUCUCAAGAGCCAAAUCGAACCAUGAUUCUGCCCGCAAACAACUUGAGGCAGAGAUCAGCGAAUUGCGCACCGUGCAGCGUCAACAAGAGGAAGAGAUGCACAGGCGCAUCGAUACUACACGGCGAGCUGCGGAAUCAGAAUUGGAGCAAUUCAAGCGCCGGGCAGAUGCCGACCAGCGCUCGAAGGAAGAAGAAUUGCGGCGUCAGUCCGAAGAUGUACGGAAAAGGCUGCAGUCUGAAGCCGACCGCUUUCAACGGCGAGCAGAGGCGGAAAUGGCAGAUUUGCGAGCCACGAUUAGUAGAUUGGAAGUUGAUCUUAUCAAGGCAAAUAAGACCAAAGCACAGGAGCUACAAGCCGCACGAGACUUGGCUAAAGAGCAGGCCACAGAGCAGGCCAAGGCCCUUCAAGAGGCAGUCAACGAGGCUCGCAGUCUUCGAACGAGCCUAGCGACUGUUGAGGUCCGAAAUCAGAAGCUGGAGUUGCAAGUGAGCGAGAAGGAAGAAGAGAGGAAGAUAGCGCAAGGGGAACUCGAUGAUCUCUUGAUGGUAUUUGGCGACUUGGAGGAAAAAGUAUCGAAGUACAAGCGUCAACUCAAAGCUUUGGGAGAAGAAGUUUCCGAAGGAGAGGAUGAUGGUGACGGCGAAGAAGAUGGAGAUGAUGACGACGAGGCGACAGAUGCCACGAAUGAUGAUGUCGACUGA